UAUUUUCUCUGCACAGUUUGGGUUGGCAGUGUGUGUCUCUGAGAAAAUCGGAAGGGAUGGGCACCGCUUCAUAUUUUUCAUUUCCGCUUCUGAUUGGAAAGCCCGUUUCUCGUUCAACGCUUCUUCACCCAAAACCGCGUUUGGUAGUGGCGUCUUCUUCAGAGAGCGGUCCCGCUUCUUCAGCAACAAAAUUACUCACUUUUCUCGGCAAAGGUGGCUCUGGAAAAACCACUGCCGCUAUCUUCGCCGCUCAGCAUUAUGCAAUGGCUGGAUUGAACACAUGUUUAGUGAUACAUAACCAAGACACCACUGCUGACUAUCUCCUCAACUGUAAGAUUGGAACUUCCCAUGUCGAAUGCAGCAAGAACCUUUCAGCUGUUAGGUUGGAAACAACCAAAAUGCUUCUUGAACCUCUAAAACUUCUGAAGCAAGCAGAUGCCCAACUUAAUAUGACACAAGGCACACUUGGAGGGAUUGUUGGAGAAGAGCUUGGUGUUCUGCCUGGGAUGGAUUCAAUCUUUUUGGUACUUGCACUUGAGAGGCUUGUAGGAUUUUUGGGGAUUGCAGCCUCAAAGAAUCAACGAGAUAAAUUUGACAUAAUAAUAUAUGAUGGUAUCAGCAGUGAGGAAACCCUGCGAAUCAUAGGUGGAAGCAGUAAAGCAAGAUUGUACUUGAAAUAUCUUCGCACCUUGGCUGAGAAAACUGAACUUGGGAGAUUGGCUGCUCCUUCACUCCUGACACUUGUGGAUGAGGCCAUGAAAAUAAGUAGCAACAAAUCUUAUUUCAAUGGGAGAAUGAGUUCAGAAAUAUGGGACACUUUGGAUCAAAUGCUGGAGAAAGGAUCUUCUGCCUUCUCAAACCCAAAGAGGUUUGGUUGCUUCCUUGUGAUGGAUCCGAACAAUCCAACAUCAGUUAAUUCAGCAUUACGAUAUUGGGGAUGUACAAUUCAGGCUGGUGCUCAGGUUUCUGGUGCUUUUGGAAUCACCUCACAGCAACAAAAUCUUGAAUCAUUGGAAAGGGCAAAAAAAGAUCUUACUCCCUUGCCAUCUGCUUUCAUUUCAAGUUUGUCAAUGAAUAAAACUAUAGAUUGGAGCAGAAUUCUACUGGACACCAUCAAUGAAGGUGCUAGACAUCUUCUUACUUUGCAGUCAAGUCAAUGCAGUGAUAUGACGUCAUCGGUUAAAUUUGAUAUAAAAGGAAAAUCCGUUACUCUCUUCAUGCCUGGUUUUGACAAAUCAGAAAUCAAGCUAUACCAAUAUAGGGGAGGAUCUGAGCUGUUGGUAGAAGCAGGAGACCAAAGACGUGCCAUUCCUUUGCCUCCAGAAAUUCAAGGAAAGGUUUGCGGAGCCAAAUUUGUGGACAGAAGUCUUGUUGUUACAUUGCUGUAACCCUAUUAUUCUUUUGUACUUCUCAGUUUUCACUUUUUAUGCCUGCUGAUGAUUAUUAAUAUUUCGGCAGAGACAAUUCUUCUUACACCUCAUUUUUGCUUGACUUGCUUUCAUCAUUGAGAAUAAGAAUUGCACAUUACUGC